AUGUAAAGUUUUAAACAUUAAAUACUGUGGAUUUGCGAAUAAAUAGGUUCGUUAAUAUUUAUAAAACGCAUUUAAGAGAACUUGGACUAAUCUUUUAAAUCACCAUCAACAUUACCACACACCUGCUUAUUGAUAGGUUUGCGUCGCGGCUGAUUAGAAAAUAAUACUAGAAAUACUUUAUUUUUCAAACUCCUCAAACACUACAAAUAUAAAAUUUAUAAAGUUACCCAAAUCUUUCUGCUAUGGAUGAACGCUUUCUGUCGUUUGUUGGCUUAAUGAAAAUCGCAGUUUAAUUUAAUAGUUGUUAGGUUUGAUAUAUUGGCAUUCAUCUAAAAUCCCAAUCUGCAUUCACACAUCCUAAAAUGCGAAUAUUUUUGGCUGCGCAACUAAUUGAAACGCUUUAUAUUAAUAUUUGGAUACAUUUCCACGAAAGGCAUAAUACAACUCUCCACUCAGACUUAUAGCGUCAAAGCAAGUUCCCCAACAUAUCGUAGAACAUCUUUGGAUCAAUAUUUUGCAAUAACAAUUAUAAAUUGGAAUUAGCAACUGUUAUUUGUUUGUGUAAAUAACAGAGAAGAGGAAAAUCAGGCCUAUGUAAUAAUAAUUACGUGCCAGGUACAAACAUUCCUUUGGAACCGAGCAAUAAUUGCUGGGACGCACGCCAAGAAGCUUAGGUGACAUUUCCAGACCGAGUAGGGCUUUUAUUAUGAAAUUUUUAACCGAUUUUUCUAAACAAAAUGAUAGAUAAUUUGAAUGUCACAUGGCUUUGAUAUUAUACGAUAAAAUGAAGCUUUUAAAUCUGGUUUAUAAGAUCCCUUUAAUAUACUGUGCUAUGGUACAGAUCUCAGCUACACCCCAUAAAGUAAACGAAACAGCAACUGAGUGGCGUAGUUGCGCCAGUUACAGUAUGUGUCCCUGGGAAAAAGAGCGAACGAAAGACGGGGAGGGAAAGAAACACGGAGAGACCCAGUAAGACUUGCUCUCGCAAUGGGAGCCGAGGCUCAACGGGAAAGUGCUGUGAUGUGACGCUGCCCAGCGCUGUUUGUGAGUUCGCACUUGCAGCUUUAAUGCCAUGCAAUCUUUUUCGGAUUAUUUGAGGUGCAGCCAAGGCUCUUUACUUUUCUUGGCAUGCUGGUUGGCCCCGACUCGUGCUCUGUGCACAGCGCUUCUCACUUCUCUCUGAUGGCUGGCAGUGCCGGAGCCAGACAGUUGGACUGGACUUAACCGUAACUCUGCAAUGGGUUUCCUCAAAUAGCAUUCGUGUCUUUCCCACUAUAUUACCGGGCCGCAGCUAGGAAAAGCAAAACAAAAAUCAAACAACAAAAAAAGCAAAGUAGCGGUUGACGAAAAACAUGGCGCCCACCAAGCAAGGCUUCCAGCACGACCCUUCAAGACGUGAACGAGGACCUUCAUUCUGCUACCAAGCUUCAGUCAUGCCAAGAUCUUAUUUUGGAGAAAAUAUGAAGAUGAUUGGACCAUGGACAGUUCCCUUUGAACCAUUUGCUGUUAUUUGCUGGAGCUGAGACGAUGUCUCUAAACGCCAUAAUCAUCAUCAUUUUAUUUUACAAGCCUUGCGGAAGGAGAAAUCUCGAGAUGCAGCACGAUCUCGCCGUGGAAAAGAAAACUUUGAGUUCUACGAAUUGGCAAAACUACUUCCACUCCCUGCAGCCAUCACAAGCCAAUUAGAUAAAGCAUCAAUAAUUCGUCUUACCAUUAGUUACCUGAAAAUGAGGGACUUUACAAACUUAGGAGACCCGCCGUGGAAUUUAAGGAUGGAGGGACCCCCACCUAAUACAUCUGUGAAAGCUUUAGGAGCUCAACGGAGGAGAACUCCAAGUAACGUCGCUAUCAAUAUGUUUGAAAAGAAUUUGGGAAGCCAUAUUCUACAGUCUUUGGAUGGAUUUCUAUUUGCACUAAAUCAUGAAGGAAGAUUUUUAUACAUCUCUGAAACUGUGUCUAUCUAUUUGGGCCUUUCACAGGUGGAACUGACAGGCAGCAGUGUGUUUGAUUAUGUCCACCCGGGAGACCAUGUGGAGAUGGCAGAGCAACUGGGCAUGAAACUUCCCCCAGGGCGAGGCAUUCUCUCUCAGGGUACCGCAGAGGAUGGAGCCAGCUCAGCAUCUUCGUCCUCACAGUCUGAGACCCCCGAGCCAGAAUCCACUAGCCCAAUUUUACUAACUAUUGACAACACCUUGGAACGAUCAUUUUUUAUCAGAAUGAAGUCAACACUGACCAAGCGGGGAAUUCAUAUCAAAUCAUCAGGCUUUAAGGUCAUUCACGUCACUGGUCGGUUAAGAUUGCGCGUUUCUCAUUCCCAUGGACGUGUGCUCCCCACUCAUAUCAUUGGUCUCGUAGUUGUGGCUCAUGCUUUGCCUCCUCCAACUAUAAAUGAAGUUAGGAUUGACUGUCAGAUGUUUGUCACCAAAGUAAAUAUGGACCUCAGUAUCAAUUACUGUGAAAACCGGAUCAGUGACUACAUGGAUCUAACUCCAGUAGAUGUUGUGGGUAAAAGAUGUUAUUACUUCAUUCACGCUGAGGAUGUAGAAGGAAUCAGGCACAGUCACUUAGAUUUAUUGAAUAAGGGCCAAUGUAUAACGAAAUACUAUCGCUGGCUGCAGAAAAAUGGAGGCUAUAUUUGGAUCCAGUCCUGUGCCACUAUUACAAUCAAUGUAAAAAAUGCCAAUGAGAAAAAUGUUAUCUGGGUCAAUUACCUUCUGAGCGACUUUGAACAUAAGGACAUCCCGAUGGAUAUUGCACAGCUUCCUAAUCUUCCCGAGAAAACCUCUGAAUCGUCUGAGACUUCUGACUCGGAAUCUGAUUCUAAAGAAAACUCAGAGGACAAUGAGAAUUCCAAGUCAGACGAGAAGGGAAACCAGUCUGAGAACAGUGAUGAUCCGGAGUCAAACAGGAAGAAGCAAUCUGGGAGCCACUCUGACCAUGAAAUGAACUGCAAUGAUGAUGACAAUAGCUCCAGCAACCAGGACAGCAGGGACAGUGACGAUAGUUUUGAGAAUUCCGAAUACGAGAGUCCGAGAGUAGCCGAAGGCAGCUUUGGCACUUUUGGUUCCAUUCAGAUCAAAGUAGAACGAUAUCCUGCCAGUGAAUCAGAGCUGCGCUUGCCAAGCCGUGAAUCUGUGACGUCAGAUAGUGCCAAGGAUUCGGACAGUGCCGGAGAAUUGAACAUCCAGCCUUCCAGCAAACACCAGAAGAGGAAGAAGAGGAGAAAACAACAGAAAGGAGGGAGCGUCUCCCGGAGGAGGCUGUCCAGUGCUUCUAGCCCGAGUGGACUUGACUCAAAUCUAUUAGACCAGCCACAACUGCUAUCUUCACCAAACAGUGCCUCAGUGCUUAAAAUUAAAACAGAAAUAACAGAACCUAUAAAUUUUGAUAAUGAUAGCAGCAUUUGGAAUUACCCUCCCAACAGAGAGAUUUCAAGGAAUGAAUCCCCCUAUAGUAUGACCAAGCCCCCAAGCUCUGAGCACUUCCCCUCUCCACAGACCAACACCAGUUUACAUGUCACCAUUCCAGACUCUGUUCUCACCCCACCGGGGACAGAACACAGUGCCAGUCGUAAAACUCAAUUUAGCACCUCAUCCAGCACUACCUUAGCUCCUACCACAGACCCUCUGUCCCCUCCUCUAUCAGCCUCUCCACGUGAAAAGCAGCUCAGCAGCACCAGCACGACCAGUUCUGUGCUGUACACCAGUGACCUGGAAACACUGCAGAGGUUACAGGCUGGUAAUGUGGUCCUCCCCUUAGUUCAUAGAGUGACAGGAACCUUGACUGCCACCAGCACUACUCCUCAGAGGGUGUAUACCACCGGUACCAUUCGGUAUGCUCCGGCUGAGGUGACCUUUGCCAUGCAAGGCAACCUGCUGCCUAACGCUCAUGCUGUCAAUUUUGUGGAUGUUAACAGUUCCAGUUUUGGGUUAGAACCCAAAACGCCAAUGGAAAUGCUCUAUCACCACGUACAUCGAAUUAAUAUGUCAGGGCCAUUUGGUAGCACUGUGAGUGGGGCCAGUCUGGCCCAAAUGCCAAUGGCAAAUGUGUUCACUACAUCAGAGGGACUAUUUUCCACACUUCCGUUUCCUGUGUACAGUAAUGGUAUUCAUACCACACAAACGCUGGAACGUAAGGAGGAUUAAACUACGACCGUAAACUGUGUUCAGUAUUAAAUUUUGAGGCAUAGACAAUGUUUUCAGCUGAAUUCUAGUGCUAGCACUUUGAACUUGAGCAGGUCAGCUAAUGCCAUUCAAUACAGCAGUUCUCAUGUCUCGAACUAUGACUAAUCAUUCUGUAAUGUAAAGAGUUAUUUUUUUGCCUUCAGAAAGUUGAAUUACCAGUUAAUUGUAAAUGUUCCUUCCAAGGUGUGUUUUCCUUUGCAUCUUUGUGAAGAUGCCUUUAUGUGUACAUGCCUCUGCCAUAAGAUGCAAAUGCAAUGGUGAAGAGAUUGUAAAAUGAAAGAAUCACAGAUUUUAAUCUAUAAAGAUCUUGAUAUGAUCAAGGUUGAAGGAGGUAAGUAUAGAAAGGUAACCCUGUUUGACUAAGUCAGACUUUAAAGGGUUUUUUUUUCUUUUUAAAAAUAGGGUAUAGUAUUUUGAAAUUUUAUGCAGAGUUUAAUUCUUUUUUAUGAUUCAAAUUUUUCUUACUUGCACAUAAAGCAAUUUGGGUUCUUACAUAAUUUGAUUCUGGCCUGUGACUAGAAUGUUAAACUCAUGAAAACUGUAGGAAGAUGGAAUCCAUGUGUAGUUAAUGAACCAUAAGUAGACAUUACUUCUGCUACCAUGGUGCUACAAUUAUUAAUCUUUGUUGUCUUCAUAAAAUAUGCAGCAUAUGGGCUGGAAUUUAUGGGAGAGUGCUGUUUUGUACUAGACAAAUGUUAGUUGCUAGCUUGCGGCUGCAAUCUCCUCAUUUCUUACGACCAGAAUCUGUGUUAGCAUUUUCUGCAGCCAUGCAAACUUUACCUCCAGACUAAAAAAAACAAUGCCUCAUGCAGUUUUUAUAGUCGUUCUGCCUUUUUUCAAAGUGCUUUAAGGAAACUCAAUAAGAUUGAGUUGAGGCGAAAAAACUUGCAUUUAUUUUCAGCUGUAUUUUUUCUCAGUAUAACUGAGACUAAUCUGCAACUUAAAAUACCAUUGUUUUAGAAUUUAAGAAGAAUAUUUAACAUGUUAUGUUUCUUUAUUCUUUUGUUUACUGAAAUAGAGAAAAUUCUAAUUGUACUUUAGUUCGUGCUGAAACAGAAAUUCAAGAUUGGGUUUAUAAGCUUGGAAUAGGUACACAACUCAAAACUGCACAUAGACUCACAAUUCUAUUUUUCUGUCAUCAUUUUGCCAAAUACCACAUUCUAGUGUUUGACACUAUUUGUGAUUGUCAGUAUAAAUGCUUCUUUCACUCCAUCUUUGGCAGCUGUUCAUUAAGGCAUCUAAUAAUGAGAGUGAGAUCCGUAAUGUGUACAAUGUGUGUGUGUGUGUCCUUGACUGUCAGUUCCAUUGCAAAGUUUAAUGUGUGUUACUAUAUGCAGUAUAUACUAAGCUAAUGUGGCAAUAUUGUCCUUUGUCUUCACUGUGCUUUAUCUCUAGUCUGUAAUGGUCAGUUUCAUUACCGCAAUCUUCGUGAACCCGUGAUUCUUGGGAGAUGAUGUUUUUUGUGUGAUGGCCUUCCUCUGUAGUGUCACCUUAUUGCUGCUUCCACUGUCUGUAUACCUUUUGUUUCUGCUGUUGCUUUGCUGUGUAUUCUUCAGACCUCUCUCAGAGAUAAAAGACUCUUAACUAGCUCAUGGUUAAUGGAACCAUUUUCACAAAGGAAUUCUGGGUAUGACUUAUCUUCCAUCUUGCCAAACAAUGCACUAAAUAGUCAGGCUCAGAUGUAUGUGACAGAUUGCCACCAUGGAGCCUCAGCUACAAACAUUCCCAGAGUCCCUUGUGCUCUAAUUGCAAACAACAGCUAAAAUAGCAAAAAGCUGUUUUUUUUAAUGUGUCUGUGUUGGUGUCAGAUGGUUUCUGGUGAUUUGAACUAACAAUAAUCACAGCUGCUGUCAAAUCACAUAGUGUUUCAAAUUACAGUAUGAAAAUUUCAUCACCUGUGAAGGCUGUGUCUGUGUUUUUAACUAUUUCUUGUACAAGUAUAUAAAAUAUUUUAUGAGGAAUUGGUGCCAAGUAGCUAAACAAUGGGGUGAGGGGUUCUGUUAGUAUCAAUGUUAACAGUGUUACAAACUCUACAAUACAAAACAAUUAAAAGUAAAUUUAAAGAGACAACUAUGGUACAUUUAUUUUUGUGGUUCAAACUUCUAGCUAACUAAAGCUAACCUUCUGAGUGCCUGGCUUAUUUAAAAUAACAUUUCAUUGAUCACAAAUAAUGCUGCAAUGUACAUAUUUCAUUUACAAAAAGGAUUAUUUUAUACUUUUGUAGAUUAUUUCAUCAAUUCAAAGAAACAUGUCAUACAUGGUUAUGUAACUUGAUUUUAUCAUCCUGCAAAUGCCAUAUUCAUAAUAAACUUUUCUUGGAUUUGUUACUAUCU